AUGAACCCAUCAUCAUCACUGUCCCCUUCCGACUCGAGCAUUUCCUCAUCAAAUUCUUCUUCCUCUUCCUCUUCUUCAUCUUCUUUCAUUCAUAAACAACUCGAAAAUUAUAAAUACAUGUGGUGUCAUACAGCAGAACAAGAUCCUCUUCCGGUUCAUCAUUUAUCAGAAGAAGAACAAUUACGAGAAUAUAUGCGAGCGUAUGAACAGUUUUGUACAAAUUAUGUGUACGCUGAUUUGAUUGAAUUGUAUAAAGAAAUGGGAUUUUCAGAAUUUUCAGAGAAUCUCUCUCAAUAA